UCCCCGCCGCCACCGCGUAGCUACAAAGUUUACCGUGUCCACAUUUGAACGUUACUAGCGGCGUUAUUGUCUUCCUUGCUCCGUAGCAGCGCCCAGCACAGUCCUUGGUUACCUUUCAGCUCGCCCUCAUAGUAACAAACAAACCAAAAAAAAAAGAAAGGCCUGUGUGUUCUGGAGACGGUACAGACUCAGUGACCCGCAUGGAAACACAGAGCCCAGCUUUCCAUUUGCCGUCGGUGGUGUGUUAGACCGGGGGGGGGGGCGGAGGAGGUUGUGGUGCUGGUCGAUGAGAAGGCGGUGUUGACUCGCCGACACCAGCACGAGAGUUGCUCCCACGUUACACGCGGAGCAUGUGCUCUUUGUCAUUUUAGUUUGUGUACAGUGUUGCGUUGCGCAGCUUCAGUGUUAUUUGUAUUUUUUCUCACUUUUUAAGAUGCGCGGUGGAAGUGGAAACCACCCAAUGCUUGAAUUUUAGUGUGGAAAUUGGUCAUCGGGUAAUAACGGGGCGAUUUAUUUAUUUAAAACAUUUUUUUUUUAAAUAAAUACGAUUUAGUGGAAACGUAACCACAUACCACAUUGAUUCCAAAGCAACAUGCCUGUUAGGCGUUUUGGGGGUCACAGGUCUCUGGUCUCUCAAACACCAAAGCUCUCGUACGGUUACUCGAAAAUGAAUGUUUCAAGAAGUGGCUACCGUGUCUUUUCUGCCAACUCCACCGCCGCCUGCACCGAGUUGGCCAAGAAGAUCACCGAGCGCCUGGGUGUGGAAUUGGGCAAGUCUGUGGUUUAUCAAGAGUCAAAUACAGAGACUAGAGUGGAUGUGAAAGAGUCUGUCCGUGGACAAGACAUCUUUAUCAUUCAGACCAUUCCCAGGGAUGUCAACACAGCCAUCAUGGAGCUGCUGGUUAUGGCCUAUGCCCUGAAGACCUCCUGUGCCAAGAACAUCAUCGGGGUCAUUCCCUACUUUCCUUACAGCAAGCAGUGCAAGAUGAGGAAGAGAGGAUCCGUUGUCUGCAAGCUGCUCACAUCCAUGUUAGCCAAAGCUGGGCUAACUCACAUCAUCACCAUGGACCUCCACCAGAAAGAAAUCCAGGGCUUCUUCAGUUGCCCUGUUGACAACCUACGAGCGUCCCCCUUCCUCAUCCAGUACAUCCAGGAGGAGAUCCCAGACUACAGGAAUGCCAUAAUUGUUGCCAAAUCGCCGUCAGCUGCCAAGAGAGCUCAGUCCUAUGCCGAGAGGCUGCGGCUCGGGCUGGCAGUGAUGCACGGGGAGGCCCAUCAUUCAGAGUCAGACAUGGCUGAUGGUCGACACUCUCCCCCCUUGUCCCGCACCACCACAGGACACACCGGCCUGGAACUACCCUUGAUGAUGGCGAAGGAGAAGCCACCUAUCACUGUUGUUGGAGAUGUAGGAGGAAGAAUCGCCAUCAUAGUUGAUGACAUUAUAGACGAUGUGGAGGACUUUGUUGCAGCAGCAGAAAUCCUGAAGGAGAGGGGAGCCUACAAGAUCUACAUCAUGGCUACACAUGGCCUGCUGUCUGCAGAGGCACCGAGACUAAUAGAGGAGUCUGCAAUUGAUGAGGUGGUGGUGACCAACACUGUUCCACAUGAGGUUCAGAAGCUGCAGUGUCCAAAAAUCAAAACUGUGGAUGUCAGUAUGAUCCUGGCUGAGGCCAUCCGUCGCAUCCACAAUGGAGAGUCCAUGGCCUACCUGUUCCGCAACAUCGCUGUGGAUGACUGAGGCAACACACUCAUGCAUUUACAUUCCUGCACAAACAAAGCAAACACAUCACCAAGCACAUGCACCAAGGACCAAGAAUCCAGUUUAUUCCAGUCUCUGUUUGAACUUGUUGUUCCUUCUUGUUUAGCUGCUAAACAUGUUGACAGAAAUUGGCUGUGUUUACUCAGACUUUGCUUUAUUCCUCUGACAUGUUACAUACUGACACUAUACAAACAAUACAAACUGUUUCACUUCACUAAAAUAUCAUUCUCACCAUUUGGAGACAUAAAUAACACAACAUCAUGUAUCAUGCAGACACUAAUAAAAUGGCAAAUAAAACUGUUCAUUUUGGA